CAUUGCCUUUCUGUGCCGAAUCCUCACCUCUUCCCACACCGAAUACACACUGUUACCAUGGCCGGACAGCAACAUCAGAUCCAAGACGCAAUAUACUCCCUGAAAAGGCGGCUGCUCAGGAGCGAAGACUCGACCGACGACGAUGAGAGCGACAACCCUCUCGACAGCAACCACAGGCAGAGCCUGAAGCGGAAGUCCCGGUAUACACGAUAUGGGAGAGCCGAGGACCCUGCAGCACCCCCUCCGUACAAAAAGCGCAUCGUGCACGCCGGAUACCAGAGAUACAUUCUUCAGCGCAAUCCCCCAAAAUACGACCCAGAUGGCGACGUCGUGGAGCCCGGCGACGAAUAUGAAGACGAGAGCGAGCUUUCGUCGGUAGAGGAGAACCCAUAUGCAGAUAUCAGGUUAGAGGAAUUGCUCGCACCGCUUACCUCUGCGGCCGACCUGCCCAACCAUCCGGGCUUUGCUCCCAUCUACACGUCCAAGCACUUGACGAACCUCACAGCCGCGGCUGCCGCUCUCUCGCGUAGAGAACAGAUCUUGCUAGCACAAGCAAAGAGGCUCUCCACAAAGCUAAUGGGAGAGCCAUCCUUCAUUCCCUACCCCACCGAGGACCCCGCGUUUACCGAGAAUCUACAAGACUCUUGGGCACUCCCGGAACCGCUCAGCAGACCACAGACGAAUGGGCAAGCGAAGCGUGAGGAGCCAGAGGUCAUACAGGUUGGGAACGCACAAGAAUUGUUACACCAGCAAGAUGUCGUCAUGGAAGAUUCUACGGUAGCUGAAGGUACUUCUUCAACCACGGUAGAACGGCAGAAUGGCACAGACUCGGCACUGCCCACCCAGAACGGAGAGGCGAACAAACACACGAACGGCGAACAGCCCAACGGCGAACGUCCGCCAUCCCCGCCAGUCGAUGACGCCUCCGAGGCAGCCUCACACCGCAUGACGACGCGUGCACGCGCGCAAGCCGCGUCGGAUCAGUCUCCACCACCUUCACCUUCGAGCGCCGCACCUUACGUACAUCCAUGGUUCACCUUUCCAACCGACCUCCUUCCCGACCGCGACAUGGGCCUUCCGGCGGCCGAAGCAGAGGACACGCGCAUGCUUCUCCUUGCGUUCCUCCAGAAGCAGGAAGAGAUAGCGCGAGCUACCAGCGAGCUCUACGAUGGUAUCGCCCAGGGAGAACGUAUGCGGAAGGAGGUGUACCGAUGGUGCGUAGCCGAGGGCCAUGUCGGCGAGAUGAGCGACGGCGAGGAUUGGUACGACCGCGACGAGUGGGGGUUGACGGAGGAUUUGGCCAAGGGCAGAGAUGAGGAGGAGGAUGAUACCGCGGUGCAGGGCAAGAAGCCUACCCGACAGAGGAGGGCGAGGGGGAAGGAUGAUUAACGGUAUACGCGCUGGAUGUGGUGGUCGAUUUCCGUCUCUAUGCUGCAUCUCUUGCGGGUCCUAGCUGUUGCGCGAGUCUGCGGCCCUGAUCGAAGCUGGCGCAUAUGAUAAUGAACUUCUAUGGCCGGGCUCUUUUUCA